AUGAAUAUUGAAAAAGAUGCUUCCGAGGGCGCUGAGGGAGACGAGAGCUAUCUGGAGAAAAGCAACAUAGAGAGCUCCCAUCUUUCUGGCAGUCCUUUGGCCUAUGCCCUGCAUGAAGACGAGGAUAAGUGCGAAAGGAAGAAAGUAUCAUUGGGCUCUAUUAUUUCUGCGUAUUUCUCAGAAGAGAAGGCAGAAAUAGUUAGAAAUCUUCUGAAGGACAUAGUCAACAAAAAAAUACACAAAGAAGAAGUAGUAGAGUGUCUGCAGAGAGCAGAAAUAGAUGUGCAUGCGUACAACGCCUUUAUUCUGCGGGUUAUAUCCACUGCCAACAGAGAAACAAAUAAGAAGCCAUACGAUGUAAAGCAUGAAGAAGAGUGCAGAACACUAAACCUAAAAGGAGCGCUGAAGGAGCAGUUCCUCCUUGAGAUAAAGAAAGACAUGGAAGACUCUUCAUAUAUAACAAAAACACAGCAGCAGUACUCUUUUUUCAAAAGAACCCCAGAAGACCUGUCGAGUGUAGUGAGCAGCAGGCCACAGCUUAUUUCUCUUUUUUCUGCUAACUACAAUGUGCUGUGCUGCAAGAUCAAGAAAAUACUGAGCAUCAAAGACCUGCACAACAGGCUGAAGAAAGGGUCCUUUGAGUACAAGCUGAACGAGAAAAUCUCGAUAGAAACAGCCAAGUGUGCAUACACCGUGAUAAUUCACUACAUAAAAGAGACAAUAGGAAAGUGUCUGGAUAUAGACGGGAACUUGGACAGAAACCUUUUAAUCCGAACUAUGUUUGGAAACGUAAGGGGAGUGUAUCUACUGUACAAUAGCUAUCCGCCUGUUGGCUAG